GUACUUUUAUAUAUAUACACAGAGAGAGAGAGAGAGAGAGAGAGAGAGAGAGAGAGAGAGAGAUAUGGGGAGGGGGAUCAGCGAGGUGGGAGUGGAAGAGUUGGUGAAAGCCGGAUUGGAUGUGGACGAGGCGAAGGUGAUGGAGAAAGGCCUGAAAGAAGCAAUUGGUCGGACAGGUGGUGGGGGUGACCGGAGGGAGUUAUGGCGGGAGAUCACGGCUCGACGGCUGCUCCGACCGUCGCACCCACACCCCGUGCACCAGCUCGUCUACUACUCAGUCUAUGCCGACUACGAUGCUACCGCCCAUGGCCCUCCUCUCUAUUGGUUCCCUUCUCUAUAUCAAGCCAAAAGCACAAACCUGGGCCGCCUCAUGGAAACUCAUGGUUCAAAGCUUCUAGGAGCAUUAUACAAGGAUCCCAUAAUAAGUUUUAGUCUAUUUCAAAGUUUCUCUGCAGAGCACCCUGAGGUUUACUGGUCACUUGUACUCAAAGAGCUUUCAAUUCAAUUUCGUGAGGCCCCAAAGUGCAUUCUGGAUACUUCCGUCAAAUCAAAACAUGGGGGAACAUGGCUUCCUGGUUCCGUUUUGAAUAUUGCCGAGUGUUGUUUAAUGUCAACCAACUAUCCAAGGAAGGAGGACAACAGUUUGGCCAUUGUAUGGAGAGAUGAAAACUGUGAUGAUUCCCAAGUUAAUCAGAUGACACUGAAAGAGCUCCGAGAGCAAGUAAUGUUAGUGGCAAAUGCCCUGGACACAAUAUUCUCCAAGGGAGAUGCAAUAGCAAUUGAUAUGCCAAUGACAGUAAAUGCAGUCAUUAUAUACUUGGCAAUUGUACUAGCUGGAUUUGUUGUUGUAUCAAUAGCUGACAGCUUUGUUGCAAAGGAAAUCGCUACUCGUUUGCGCGUGUCAAGAGCAAAGGCUAUCUUUACUCAGGAUUUUAUAGUACGGGGAGGUCGGAGAUUUCCUUUAUACAGUCGAGUAAUAGAUGCUGAACCACCUAAAGCUAUUGUCAUUCCGGCAUCUGGAAAAGAUGUGGGUGUUCAGUUAAGGAAACAGGACUUAUCAUGGAACGAUUUCGUUUCCUGUGUUAAUCACCUCCCUAGACCAAAUUCCUAUUCUCCUGUCUAUCUACCCAUAGAUUCGACGAGUAAUAUACUCUUCUCAUCUGGAACCACAGGGGAUCCAAAAGCCAUACCAUGGACCCACCUUUCUCCAAUGAGAUGUGCUGCUGAUUCGUGGGCACAUUGUAAUGUUCAAGCUGGCGAUGUCUUCUGCUGGCCCACAAAUCUGGGAUGGGUAAUGGGGCCAAUUGUGCUCUAUUCAUGCUUUCUAACUGGGGCAACUCUUGCUCUUUAUCACGGAUCUCCUCUCGGCCGCAGUUUUGGGAAAUUUGUUCAGGACGCAGGUGUUACUGCUUUGGGCACAGUCCCAAGCUUAGUCAAGACAUGGAAGAAUACACGUUGCAUGGAAGGCUUAGAUUGGUCAAAGAUUACGUCAUUUGCUUCUACUGGAGAAACCUCUAACGUCGAUGAUGACCUUUGGCUUUCUUCAAGAGCUUACUACAAACCAAUUGUUGAAUGUUGUGGCGGCACGGAGCUUGCAUCAUCCUACAUCCAAGGAAGUCUUCAGCAACCACAAGCUUUUGGAGCAUUUAGUUCUGCGUCAAUGACAACAGCCUUUGUCAUUUUGGAUGAAAAUGGGGUUCCCUAUCCGAAUGAUCAAGCUUGUAUUGGAGAAGUGGGUUUAUUUCCUCGAUACAUGGGAGCUACUGAUAGAUUGCUUAAUGCUGAUCAUGAGGAAGUGUACUUCAAAGGAAUGCCCAUGUACAAAGGAAUGAAACUAAGGAGACAUGGAGACAUCCUCAAGAGAACUGCUGGUGGCUAUUUUAUUGUACAGGGUAGGGCUGAUGACACUAUGAAUCUUGGUGGCAUAAAGACGAGCUCAGUUGAAAUUGAGCGCGUGUGUGACCGAGCUGAUGAAAGUAUAUUGGAAACUGCUGCUGUCACUGCUGCACCACCAAUUGGUGGUCCAGAACAGUUGGCUAUAUUUGUGGUACUGAAGAAAGGAUAUAACAGUGAACCAGACAGGCUAAAGAUGCUAUUUUCAAGAGCCAUUCAAAUUAAUCUUAACCCACUGUUUAAGGUGAACUUUGUAAAGAUCGUCCCAGAGUUUCCUCGAACAGCUUCUAAUAAAUUACUCAGGAGAGUACUAAGAGACCAAUUGAAGCGCGAUCUUCACAUUCACAGUAAACUUUAACAGCAACUCCUCUAAUUUGUGGUAUGGAGUUUGUCGACUUGUAUCAUGCUUGCAUAUAUUGUUUGAGAUGAAUGAAUAAGCGCGAUACGCGAUUAAAGUUCUUCGAGAUCAAAUUGGUCCAACCACAAAAUAGUCAUAAGAAAAUUUUCAAUUUCAUGCUGUUAGGUGAAUCAUAUAUCUAGUGAUUGUAAGAUUUGUUUUCAUUUGUCAAUUACUCGAGCAUUUCAAUCUAUAUUUUGUAUUUUUUCAA